AUGGACGGCCUCCAUACCAAACCCCCUUCCAAGACCAGUACAUUCCCGAACACAGCGGACAAACUGCACAACAUUCUACCAGGAUGGUCCACAAAUAAAAAGAAGAUUGUUAUGGUCACUGGGAGCUCUGGUACCAACCGGAUGUUAGGAAUUCCUAACAUUAAGGAAAUGAUCUAUGAAAAUCGGAAAACCUAUGCUGAGAAGCAUGGGUUGGAGUUUAUGUGGGCGAACAUGACCAGCUACAACUUACCCGACGGAGCACCCAUUUAUUGGAACAAGAUCCCAAUCCUAAAAGAUGCCUUUGAGCGUUACCCAGAUGCUGAAUGGAUUUGGUGGAUGGACGUCGAUAUCAUCAUCAUGAAUAUGACGCUGAAUAUCUACAAACAUGUCCUAUCACCAAAGGGCAUGGCACAGCAUGUUCUCCUCGGUGAACCAAUUACUGGAGCUGGUGGUGCUGAUACAGGAUAUCGCACUCCAGCAACAUAUCAGCCAGACGACAUCAACUUUGUCAUCUCUAAGGAUGCUUGGGGUAUGAAUGUGGGUAACUUCCUGAUGCGCCGAAGCGAAUGGAGCAAGUGGCUACUUGAUCUCUGGAUUGAACCCUUGUAUAUUGCUCAGAACUGGGUAUUUCCCGAAAAUGAUGGCUGGACUCAUAUGUGGAAGCAUCAUCAGAUUGUCAAGGAUCAUGCUGUUUGCAUGGACCAGCGAUCCAUGAAUGCAUACCCUGAUUACAACUUCCUCGGUGAGCAUUGGCAACCAGGUGAUCAUAUUGUCCACUUUGCAGGAUGUGGUGACAGUCCUCAAUGUGAAAGCGAGUGGAUGAAGUAUUGGAGCUUGCGGGAGAAAGUUGAGGUUCCUAUGACGGUCCAAAUGAAGUUGCAGGAUGGGACCGCAGAGAUCGAAGAUGUACAAGGAGUUGGAAGGUGA